GGUAAGUGCAGGAACUUUUAAGGUGGAACGGAAAAGUCGAAUAACAAGCUGGCGAAUAAGAAAGCAACAUCAGCCUCUUUUAACAGUGAAAGAUGAGGAAAACUAAAGGGAAAGCGAGCUCUACAGAGAAAGAAUUUGUGUUCGAGUUCAAGGCAGGGAGAAAUCACUGCGUCCUGAAAGUGCCUCUGCAGUUUCCUGUUCACGAAAAUGUCAAUGAUCUGCACGGGAGACUCAUGCUGCUCCACAAAAUCCCUUGCUUUGUAGAAAAGGACUUAAAGAACAAACUACUUGCGUUCAUUGAGAGAGAAACGUUAGAAGAUUACGACCGGGAAGCUGAAGCAGCUCUACAGAGGAUCACUAAUGGAGAAGUUGACAUUAAUAAACUGAGCAAUCUGUGGGCCAAAGCCUACACUGAGACAACGCUAGAACACGCCCGACCCGAGGAGCCCAGCUGGGACGAGGACUUCGCAGACGUGUAUCACGAACUGAUCCAUUCUCCUGCCUCAGAAACGCUGCUCAACCUGGAACACAACUACUACGUCAGUGUGUCCGAGCUCAUCAGUGAGAGAGACAUGGAGCUCAAGAAACUCCAGGAGAGGCAGGCAGUGGAAAUGGACAAAGUCAUGCAGGAGCUGGGAAAGACCCUAAGUGAUCAGGACGUUAAUACAGUGGCAGCGCAGCACUUUGACGCUCAGCAAGUACUGGAGAACAAGUGGGCCAGUGAGCUGAAGCAGGUAACUGGCAUUCAGAAGCAAGAGUACCAGGAGUGGGUAGUUAAACUACACCAGGACCUUCGCAACCCUAACAACAGCACCAUCACGCAAGAGAUUAAAGUGCAGCCUGGGCAGCUGACCGAGGCCGGCGAGUCGGGGGCCAGAGUGUUCGAGGAGCAUCGACAGCUGGAGGAGAGCUUCACCAUUCAUUUAGGGGCUCAGCUGAAGACGAUGCACAACCUACGGCUGGUGCGGGCCAACGUGCUGGACUUCUGCAAGCACAGACGCCACGGCAGCGGUGGCAGUGUCAAGCUGCGUCGACUUCAGAUGGCAUUCUCUCUGUACUCGUCCUCUCUCUGCGGCCUCGUCCUGCUCGUCGAUAACAGAGUGAACUCCUACAGCGGCAUAAAGAGAGAUUUUGCCACCGUGUCUCAAGAGUGCACAGAUUUCCAUUUCCCCCGGCUUUCCGAGCAGCUGGAGGUGGUCCAGCAGGUGGUGCUGUACGCACGGGCGCAGCGCAGCAGCAAGCAGAGAGAACAGCCGGAGAUGCCCAGAAAUGGGAGCAACGAUGAUAAAAACAAGAACAUAGAGCGAAACCCUUCAAACAUCCUUCCUGGUGAAUUCUACAUCACUCGCCAUUCCAACUUGUCCGAGGUUCACAUAGUGUUUCAUCUGUGUGUGGACGAUAAUGUGCGUUCGACAAACCUCACGGCUCGAGACCCGGCCAUCAUGGGCCUGCGCAACAUCCUCAAAGUGUGCUGCACGCACGACAUCACCACCAUCACCAUCCCACUGCUGCUCGUGCACGACAUGUCCGAGGAGAUGACCAUUCCCUGGUGUCUGAAGCGAGCUGAGUUGGUGUUUAAAUGCGUGAAAGGUUUCAUGAUGGAAAUGGCAUCAUGGGACGGAGGCAUCUCCCGGACUGUUCAGUUCCUCGUCCCUCAGAGUAUCUCAGAAGAAAUGUUCUACCAGCUGAGCAACAUGCUGCCUCAGAUCUUCCGAGUCUCCUCCACUCUCACGCUCACGUCCAAACGCUGACCAAGCCACACAUACGCAAAGCGCCAAGAAGGAACUGCCAGGGCGCUUUGCAGCCACACUUUUACCUCAAACAUUGAAGAGAUCUCAUUGUAUGCGGUGCUGUGAGUUGGAGUUUUAGACUGAAAUGUGAUCGUAUGUGGCAGAUUGUAAUCGUGUAAAUGGACUUGAUGACUUUUAUUAGUCUUACAGCAGCUUUUUUCAUCCCUUUGCUCCAGCACAUUUUAAGCUGUAUUCUAUCUAUGUAAUCUUAUUAAAGAUCCAGAUGUUUGGAAACUGUGUGUAGUUAGGAAUGCCACAGCUGUGAUUAUUGAGAACUUUCUCUCAGCUAUGUCUACUCUAAACAAUUGGCAUGUGUUAGCAAACUCAGUGAUGACCUCCGGAUGCAGCAGAGACACCUCCAAGUAUUUAGACAUGGGGUGGAAAAUGGAGCAGUGGGGUUCAGGGACCACAGGGGUUCAUGAAGUUGAGAUAGUUAUCAGCUUUUUUAAUAAAUCUGUAUUCCAGGGGUUCAUGGGAUUUAUCUGAGAACCUCAGCACUAAAGGGUAGCACCACAGGAAUACAUAUAGGAUAUUGCACUUGAAGAAUAAAGCAAUAAGCCACUAGAUGGCUUACAUUACAUUUAUUUUAUCACACUGUUCUUAGGCAUGAUGAAAAAGCGGAGUGUCUGAAACCCCCUCACCUGUAAUACAUGGCCCCGAGUGUCUUAUUUCUAAAACGUUGACUAAACCAAUACAAGAUCCUGUGUUCAAUGAAUAAAGACAUGUAUUAUGAAUAAUAUUCACAGUAAACAAUUCUUCUUUCAUGCAGUAUAGUCUGUUAACAGAAAGCUUCAGUUGAUAAGCCACAUAACGAAGAAAGACUAGGGUAAUCGGCUUAAAUGCUUAAAUGUAACGGUUUAAAACCUGGCGCAUGUAUAUAGAAAUCUUAUCUAAAACAUUAUGGCUUCAAAUGUGGAUCAGCCGAUCAGAUUUUAGAACUGAAACAAUCCGGUUUAUAAUAUACAAUUUGUUUCUUGGUGCAGAACCAACAGCCAUGAAAUGUCGUUACUGUAUUAGCUUCAAAGUUGCUCUACAGUUCCUAAUAACCAGGAUUUGGUCUAAAUAGCUACAAUGCUGAAACAGUGAUUUAAACGAUCACGAGCUAGAUACGACUCUUGCAUCAGACUAAUAGUCUUCUCUGACAUUGGAUUUAAUUUCAGAUUUUGUGUAGCAUGGCUUAUUUCCAGAGUGGCAGCUUGCUCUCCCCGUGUGGCCACACUCCUGAGAUAUAGAAGACUACAUCUCUGUAUCAAUUCUGUAAUGAUUUCAUUUUUACCUGUUAAUUCAGUGUAAUUCAGCCAUAAUGAGAGAAAUUUGCACUUAUAUAAACCUCUCCAGUGUUUAGUUACCUAAGUAAGUGCAAUGUCAUUCUCUCUUGUUCAGUAAUGACCAGCUCUUUUGUGCUUUUUGAACAGUUCUUGUUUGGUGAUUCAGAUAAGGUGCAUGUGUCAUUAUUGGCUUUUUUCUCCUUAGGGGUCUUUAAAACUAUAAUAUCAUAAAAAUCAUGAUCUGGAAAUGAAAAGAAAAGUUUGAGUCACUACUCAACAUUAUGACUCAGCAGAAAUUAACACAUUCCUGUCCAGAAUAUUUCGAUAUUUAAAGGCAAGACUACAUACAGAAACAAGUAGAAACCAUUCUGAUCACAUCAUCAGUAAUAACAUCAAUAAAGUGUUCUUUCAGACUGUAGUAAUAAAAAUAUCAAAACUCAACAGGAAAAUGUUUAUUUUACUAUUUUUGUCCACUUGUGACCACUGUAUUAACUGAAAAAUUAGCAACAUUGAAGGUUUUAAGCUCCGCCCACUUGUUGCAAUCACAUCAUGUCAUAAAUCACUGAAAAGCUUGCUGAAUGCUAUACAUGCCAAUUUCCUUUAUAAACGUUAUAACAUUCACUAGAGUGGAGACAUGAAAUUAAUGUAUUUUAAAACAUUUUUCCUUCAGUUUUUCCAGUUUAUCCAGAACCAGAAAUCUCACUUUAUAGAUGACCUAUAUUUAUUAAAUUUUAUAUUUUAUUCCUAUCAUUCCUAAUUAGAAGGAUAUUCCCAUAAUUUCCCAAAAUAUUGAUUAUUGUUGGAUUUAUGUUAGAUUUACUGAAAAAUUUAACAGUGCAUGGUAUUUUCUUGAUUAAACAGUAAAUUACUGUUCUGUAAAAGUCUUUGAAAGUGUCCUCACAUUGUAAUAAACAUUUUAAUUCUCAAAUCA